AUGGACGAGCCUGCCGUCGAGUCCGCCACCGACAGCGACCCCACCACCGUGUCUGUCGAGAUGGACAAGCUGCGUUUUUUCCUGGAUUCAGAGUUUGCCCAUCAGCGCGAGAUGCGAGAGAGGCAGGAUGGCCUGCUUGCUGAGAUCUACGACAAGGUCUGUCAGAUCCAGGCCAAACCACUGCAUCUGCGUCCUGAGCCGCGAACAAGCCUGCCAAGUUUCGACGAGGAGCGGAGCAUCGCAUCGCUGUACUCGCCAGGUAGCCUGGACGGUCCACGGGCCGGCGGGCGGGGCCGUGCGAGCACCGAAGGCUCAGUGUCAUCUCAGAUGGACGACUCGGCCAAAGACCACUCGGACGGUGACAGCUUGCAGCCUGAUCGUCAGCUUGCACAGAAACGGAAGGUGCGAGGCAGCUAUCGGCACUCUUUCGUACGCAAAGCUCAGCUGAAGCACGAGGAAACAGCUGCUGCAGCUUCGCUUCACCUGGCGAGCCUCAAGACGUUCAAAAGCCUAAAGGCAGCACCCGAGACCGGCGCACUACGUGCCAUCGGGCAAGCAGUUGUCACAUCGAGCAUAUUCACAGGAACGAUCACGUUCUUGAUCUUCCUGAAUGUGGUGCUGCUUGGUGUUGAAGUUGAUAUGUCUGCAAACCUGGGGCAGGACCAGGUGCCUUUGUGGUUUGGAACAGUGAAUGCCAUCAUCGUCCUGAUUUUUGUUCUGGAGGUCUUUCUGAAGUGUCUGGCAUAUGGGUUGCACGAAUUCUGGUGCGGUGCUGAUUCCAAAUGGAACAUUUUUGAUAGCUGUAUCAUCGCAGUCUCGGUCGUGGAGACCCUCAUCGAUCUUUGGGCCCAAAUGAUGGCCCAUUCCAUGGCGACUUCGACACAUUUGCGCCUCAUGCGCUCGCUGCGGUUGGCACGCGCACUUCGAGGUGUCCGUGUCGUUCGGCUCUUCCGAUAUGUGAGUGCCUUGCGAACCCUGGUGCUCUGCAUCGUCAGCACUAUGGCUUCUCUCGUCUGGACCCUGGUGCUGCUUGUUCUCAUCUUCUACACCUUCGGGGUGAUCCUCACCCAGCUGGUGACGGACCAUUGCCGGGAUGCCGCUAUCCUCAACAGCGGCGGAGAUCUCAACGCCGUACCCAGUUGUGAUGCAAGCUUGGCGCGCUACUGGCAAAGUGUGCCCCACAGCAUGCUCACCCUCUUCAUGUCCAUCUCUGGUGGUGUAAGCUGGGAGGACGCGCUGAGGCCGCUGGAAGCGGUCUCGCCGCUGGCCGUGGGGCUGAUGGUCUGCUACAUAGUGCUCACCGUGCUGGCAGUCCUGAACGUGGUCACGGGAGUUUUCUGUAACACCGCCAUUGAGAGCGCACAUGCUGACAAGGACGUCGCUGCUAUCAAGCAGAUCCACAAGCAGGCGGCACAAGUGCAGAGCUUGCAGAACAUCUUUCGUGAGAUGGAUACGGAGAACUGCAACGUGGUCAGCUUGCAGGAGUUCGAGGAGGCCAUGAGCCAGCAGAAGAUGGCGAGCUUCCUGCAAUCCAUGGGGAUCUCCACGGAAGACGUGUGGACGCUCUUUAUGAUCAUGGAUGCUGAUCGCAGUGGUCUCAUUGACUUGGAAGAGUUUGUCUCCGGCUGCAUGAAGUUAUGUGGGCCUGCCAAGAGCUUGCAGUUCGCCAUGAUGAGCUACGAGAACAAGCUUACGCGGCAGGCAAUCAAGCAGCUCAACGUGGAAACCGCAGACAUCCGGCGCGGUUUGGCCAGGCUGGAAGCGCGGGCUGCAUCCCCGCAGCGGGAGCCCGUGGCACUGAAAGUCGUGACGCAGCUCUGA